AUGGGUCUUUGCUUCGUGGGCAUGGCAUGUGAAUCCACUGCCCACAGCAGCGGCAUCAUGGCCAUCAUCCUGGUGAACCUGGUCCUUCUGGGCAUCGAGGUGGACGUGGCGGCCUCCCUGGCCUACGGCGAGACACCCGUGUACUUCAACGAGAUCAACAUGCUGGUGGUGGGCAUCUUCAUGAUGGAGGUUCUGCUGAAACUGAUCGCCCUUGGUGUCCGCGGAUACUUCUGCGCCAAAGAGAAGUGGUGGAACAUCUUCGACUUCGCCAUCGUCUCGCUCUCCGUGGUGGAGCUGAUUUUGGAGUUCUUGGUGAUGACAAUCUCCGGGAACAUGGACUCCUCGCACCUCCGCAUCCUGCGCUUCGCGCGCUUCGCGCGGACGCUGCGCGGGGUGCGGGUGGUCAGGCUGUUGCGGUACAUCGGCUCGCUGAGGACGAUCGUCUUCUCCAUCAUCAGCACCAUGGGAUCUCUCUUCUGGACCCUUGUGCUCUUGCUGAUGAUCUUCUACUGCUUCUCCGUGAUCAUCACCCAAAGCGUCACAGACUUCUGUCGCCUCAGCGCGGAGUUGGGGGAGCCCCACAACUGCCAGGAGCUCACGAUGUAUUGGGCCACCGUGCCCGAGAGCAUGCUCACCCUCUUUCUGGCCAUCUCUGGGGGGCUCAGCUGGAAGGAGGCCUUGAACCCGCUGCGCCGCGUGGGCGUGAUCGCCUUCGCCUCGGUGAUCUUGUACGUGGUGAUUACAAUCUUUGCCAUUCUAAAUGUGGUUACUGGCGUGUUCUGCAACACCGCCAUAGAAUCCGCGGGGGCAGACAAGGAGAUUGCGAUCAUGAAGCAAAUGAAAAAGCAGGACGCCCAGAUGGAGACGCUCAGAGAGAUUUUCACAGAGAUCGACAUCGACUGCUCAAAUCAGAUCAGCCUGGCUGAACUUAAGGAGGCGCUGAAGGCCCCGAAGCUGCGGAGCUUCAUGAGCUCUCUGCAGAUCUCCACCGAGGACGCGUGGACGCUCUUCAUGACAGUGGAUGCUGAUGGCAGCGGUGAGAUCUCGUUGGAUGAGUUUGUGGCCGGGUGCAUGCAGCUGCAGGGCCCGGCCAAGGGUCUGCAGGCAAGGUGA